AUGGCGACUCCUCAGCUUCUUAAGGUUCGUCGCCAACUCAGUGUUGCGUUAUACGGUGAAGUCCUCGAGUGUGAUCUACCCGGACACGACGAUCCCGUUGCAGUCAAGUGCAUUUCACUUUCUCGAGCAGCUGAACGUCGGAACCAAAUCCAUGCAGCUCGAGAGAUUGAUAACCCUGUACAAGAGCAACGGGUUGCAGCUUUACUUAUAGCUAAAGGAGGUCAUCCCAAUGUAGUACAGUCUUACUUCCACUUUGUUCACGAUGGAACAUUAUACCUCGUAAAUGAACUUUGUGGAGGUGGAGACUUGCAUGCACUUGUAACAGAACGACUCAAUGCAUCAAAAUUUCUAGAAGAAGAUGAAGUAUUGCCAUUGAUGCAACAAGUACUAGCAGGUGUUCACUAUUUACACAAAACUCUAGGCGUUGCCCAUCGGGACAUGUCUCUUGAAAAUGUACUGCUAAGCCAUGGAGUAUGCAAGAUCACAGACUUUGGACUCUCCACGGAUGCACGACGCAUUUGUGACGGUUGUCAAGUGGGCAAAGAGUUUUACAUGGCACCAGAGGUUGUCGCAGGGGAGCGAUACGACCCUUUGCUGGCCGAUGUGUGGUCGCUAGGUAUCAUGUGGUUCAUUCUACUCACUGGUUCACCACUACUGUCACUUGCCUCCCCAUCCGUAAAAGGCUUUGAGGCUGUGGUUCAAUAUGGUGUGGGCGUCAUUUUUGAAUCGUGGGGUCACUCGAACCGUAUUUCGAAAAAUACCAUUUUACUAUUGGAAAAGAUGCUUCAAAUUGAUCCGCAUCGACGGAUUUCACUCGAUCAAGUGCUGGUCCACCCUUUGUUUAUAUAA